AUGUGUGGCAUAUUUGCGAUUCACGGAGUUGAAAGACCUGCUACAUGGCGCACGAAAGCAAUCGCAUGCUCCAAGAAACUCAGGCAUCGCGGCCCAGAUUGGUCGGGGUGCUAUGUAGGCAAGGAAGCUAUUCUUGUGCAUGAACGCUUAGCCAUCGUUGGUGUUGCCAAACGGCGCCGCAUUUCAGACACGGGUGCCCAACCGUUGAUUUACAACUAUAUCGCGCUCCGUAAGUCCUUUGCAGAAGGACAGAAAUUCAAGACCCACUCGGAUUGUGAAGUUAUUCUGCAUUUGUAUCGCCAAAAAGAUAAAGAGCUAUGUAAUCUUCUAGACGGCAUGUUCUCGUUUGUCCUCCUUGAUGAAUCCGUAACCCCUACUCGUAUCAUCGCGGCUCGGGAUCCGAUCGGCAUUACAACUCUCUACCAGGGACGAAGUUCCAAAAAUCCGGGAGCAGUCUAUUUUGCGUCUGAGCUCAAAGCUCUGGUCGACGAAUGUGACGAUAUCAUCUCGUUCCCUCCUGGACACGUCUAUGAUAGCAAGACAGAUACCAUCGAACGCUAUUUCAAGCCGACUUGGUGGGACGGUGACUCCGAGGCCGAAGGUUCGAUUCCAACCAACAAGGUCGAUUUGGACUUGGUCAGAACGAAGCUUGAGGAGGCGGUUCGAAAACGUCUCAUGAGUGAGGUUCCAUAUGGAGUACUACUCAGUGGAGGACUAGAUAGUAGUCUCAUUGCUGCGAUCGCGGCAAGAGAAACAGAAAAAGUAGCGCUUGCACAACUCGCCGUGAGGCAGAAGCGCAUAGAGGCUAUGAGCGGAACCGCAACUCCCAAGGAUCUUUUAGUUGAUGAAGCAGCAACGCUUGCCGCCUGGCCCCAGUUACACUCGUUCUCGAUCGGACUUCCUAAUUCGCCAGAUCUCCUGGCUGCACGCAAGGCGGCUGCAUUCCUUGGGACAGUUCACCACGAAUAUACAUUCACAGUCCAAGAAGGCCUUGACGCGAUCCCAGAAGUGAUCUACCAUUUGGAGACAUAUGAUGUGACGACUGUACGUGCGAGUACUCCAAUGUAUUUGCUCAGCCGCAAGAUCAAGGCUAUGGGUGUCAAAAUGGUUCUCAGUGGGGAGGGAAGUGAUGAAAUUUUUGGAGGCAAGUUCUGUUACUUGUACUUCCAUGCGGCGCCAACGCCCGAGGCGUUCCACCAGGAAUGUGUGAAGCGCGUCAAGAACCUACAUACGGCUGACUGUCUACGAGCCAACAAGUCAACCAUGGCAUGGGGCCUGGAAGCUCGUGUCCCUUUUCUAGACAAGGAGUUCCUCGAAGUAGCAAUGAACAUUGAUCCCAAGUAUAAAACCUUUACAAAGGGCUCAGAAACAGAGGUCGACGAAGACGGGAAGCCAAAGAUGGAAAAGGCAACCGUAUCUCCCAAGUCCAUUCUCUGGCGACAAAAGGAACAAUUCUCGGAUGGCGUUGGAUACUCUUGGAUCGACGGGAUAAAAGACCACGCAGCAUCUGCGGUUACGGAUGAAGCAUUUGCCAACAGGCACAAUGCAUUCCCAGAAGACACGCCAGAUACCAAAGAGGGGUACUUUAUUCGCGAAGUCUUCCAGGGCUUGUUCCCGACCAAGGCAGCCGCAUCCACCGCUGUUCGCUGGAUCCCGCGUGGAGACUGGGGAUGCGCAUCCGAUCCGAGCGGACGGAGCGUGAGCAUUCACAAUGCCGCAUACACCGACACCGACUAG